GACGCCCUGGAACAAUCAAAGCAAAUCCACCCGCUGCCACCGACGACGACGACGACGACUCCGCCACCGCCGCCGCCAGUCCUGAGCGUUCUCAACCACCCUUGCGGGCAUAUCAAAGUUGUCAUUGUGUUCGUCGUACAAUUCAAAAAGAAAAUGAAGUCACUGACGCAGCCGCUGCCGCAUCUCUUACUCGCCGCCGCCGCUUCCGGCGCAUCACGCUGCUCCGUGUUCGGUUGAAACUGAACCAGGAUGACGACGACACCGCCGCCACAACGACAACGAUGACACCGCCGGCUCCGCCGACAACGACACCGCCGACAACGACGACACUGCCACCGCCGCCGCCGAUCUCCCAUUCCUCAGAGAAGAAAAUCAAUCAUCCUUCUUCUUCAAAAUCGUCGCCGCCGCAGCUACCGGAGCAUCGCGUUGUUUCGUGUUCGGUUGAAAGCCUUGAAACUGAACCCAAGAUGCUAAUUUCUUCCUCGUGUCAACCUUCCAAGAGUUCUCGUCGUCUUCCUCCACGAUUUCGAAUCGUCGGAUUUGCCAUCGCCAUGUGGCCUAAAAAAUGGAAUUUUUAA